AUGCCUUUACCAAGUAUUCAUUUAAUUUUAAUAACAUUUUUUAUAAGUUUUUUUGCAAAUUGGCAAUUUGCCUAUCAAAUAACAUAUAUUAAUACAGCAUAUGAUGUUAUAAAAGAAGAAGCUGGAUAUGGUAAAAUUAAUAAUUUAUUUAUAAAGAAUUCUUUAAAUAAUAAUAAUAAAGAAUGGUCUAUAUGGUGGGGAUUAAUUGUAUCAAGUUUUUAUCCAGGUUCUAUAAUAGGAUUUAUAUUAGUUCCAUUUUUAAUCUCUAAGUUUGGUACACGUCUAUCAUUUUUUUAUUCAACUAUUCCUGCACUUACUGGUUGUCUUAUUCAAAUAAUUCCAAUAUUUAUUAAUUUCUUUCAAUAUUUUGACAGGAAAAAUCUGCCAAUAUUUCUUGUCAUAGGUAGAUUUGUUAUCGGCCUUCAAUCCGGAUGUUCUCUUUCUUUACUUCCACUAUUUAUCAAUGAAAUCAGUUUCAAAUCUGAGACAACUUUCCUUUCAACAUUCCAACAAAUUUCUCAGGCCUUAUCUACAAUGAUUGGGCUAAUUAUAGGAUCAAAUUAUAUUUUACCUAUAAAAUAUGAAUAUAAAUAUUUGAUUUGUCAAGUUGCUGCAAUAAUUCCAACAAUCAUUUUUUCAAUUUUUAUCGUUUUUGCUCCAAAUACUCCAAUGUUUAUCAUGAAAAAAUCUAAUAAUUUAAAAUCCUUGGAGAAGUCUUUUUUAUUUUAUCGUGGAUCAACUUUUCAAUUAAUUGAAAAUAAAUAUUUAUUAACAGGAAAAAUAAGUGAAGAAAAAAGAGAUACACAAUUAAUAAAUGAUAAAAAUAAAUUAAGUGCUGUUAAAGGUUUUAUUAUUGGUUUUUUUGCAUCAAUAUCAUAUACAUUUACAGGUGAUGAUAUCAUUGAUUCAUACUCAUCAAAUAUUAUUAUAACUGCAUUUCCAAAUAUAAAAAAAUCUUUAUUAGAUAUAACAGCUAUUUUUUUUUCAUUUCUUCUUUUUAUUUCUUCAAUUUUUGGUUCAUUAAUUAUUAAUAAAAUUGGUAUAAGAAAUGCAUUAAUUUAUGGGUUAAUUGGUACUGCCAUUAGCAAUUUUUUUGUUUUUCUUGGAAAUGUAACAGAAUUUUUUUUAUUAACAGUAUUAUCACUUUCUAUGACAAAAAUCUUUAUUGGUAUUGGUGCAGGUGGACCAGCUUGGUUUUUGAUGUCUAAAUUAAUUCCACCAGAAAUGCGUAAUUUUUCACAAGCUUUUUCAAUUGGAUGCAUAUUGAUAACGACUGGAAUUUGUACUUAUCUAUACCCUAUUCUUAACACUUAUUUAAAAUUCUACACUUUUAUUGUCCUGUCCACAAUUCCUUCAACUUUAAUAUCUAUUAUUCUAUAUUUAUUUUUACCAGAAUUGAAAAAUAAUACAUACCAUGAAGUUGAAUACAUUUUAAAAAAUAAAUUUUUCUCAGGUAUUUGA